AUGAAAUGGAAGGGCCCCCUAUCGGGUACCGCAAAGUUUAAUAAGAAGGGUAUUCAAAGUAUAACUAACACUAUACGCAAUCUGCAACUAUGGGCAACUGAUUCAAAUCUCCUAUUAAAUGGAGAAAAAACUAAACAGAUGCUGGUAACGAGUUCACAAAUGUCUAGAAUACAUGAUCUAGGUGAGAUAGUACCCCCUGUUGUUGUCAAAGGAAAGAAACUCAAAAGAGUCAAAACAUUUAGGCUGUUGGGGACCUGGUUCAAUGAACAUCUUAAGUGGUCAGACCAUGUAAAGAAAGUUGUAUCAUCAUGCUACGGCAUCCUUUUGAUCCUGAGGAAAGUGAAGAAUAUGGCCCCUCAAAAUGCAAAGAAACAAAUAGUUGAAAGCCUUGUAUUAUCUAAGCUGGGUUACAACGAUGUAGUGACCUACCCUCUACCUGCCUUCCUGCAGAAAAAAAUCCAACGCGUACAAAAUGCAGCUGCCAGCUUUGUUAUCAACCAAUAUUCCACUGAGAAAGAUAUGGUGAAACUGGGUUGGCUUCCCACUCUUGAGAGAGCACAAUUUAAUUUACUUAAAAGUGUCUAUAAGUCAAUGUAUAACCCCUUGUGGCCUAAAUAUCUGCCACUAGAAAUACAUGAAACAUCAAGAUGUAAGUCGAAAUCAGAAUCUGGUGAAAUCGAGAGAGCCCAGUAA